AUGUCACCAUAUCAAUUGGUGUUUGGUCAAUCUUGCCAUCUUCCCGUGGAGCUAGAACUUAAGUCUUAUUGGGCGGUGAAGCAAUUCAAUGUCGAUUACUACAAGGCGGGGAAGGAGAGACAACUCCACCUUAACCUUCUCGACGAGUUUAGAAAUGAGGCAUUUGAGAACUCUUCCAUCUAUAAGGAGCAUCUCAAAAGCUAUCAUGACAAGAUGAUCGAGAAGAGGGAGUUCUUCCCGGGGGAUUCCGUGCUAUUCUUCAAUGCACGAAUGAAGCUCUUCCCCGGAAAACUCAAGUCCAAGUGGUCCGGACCAUUCAAGGUGAAAACGGUGAUGAAGAAUUUUCACGGCCAAUGGCCAAAACUUGAAGAAGUUCCAUAG